GUACAUUUGAAUCCGCUUCAACUUGCUUACUCUACUUACUGUGCUGGUUCAGGUCCUGGAAUCUGCUUCACGCUUCCGAGCUGAUAUGCUCUGUGUUUUGAGGUGCACCAGAAGACUUCAAACAAAAGAAAAUGUGCACUCAAUUGUCAUCAUCAGAAUCCUACUUGCAUCAAAUGAUAUCUCCAUAUCAAGUAUGUAUGUGUAUUCUACUUUCCACGGGUUUCUAUCCUUCGACGAUUUGACAGACGAUAUAAAUUCCGGAUCCGCCACGAUUUUCGUUGUCCCCCCCUUUUCUUUCUCUCUUCCAGCCUCUUCCCCGCACAACGCAGGACUGAUAUGAUCGCAGAGCCGGACCCUUUCGCAGAGUUCCUGCGCCCACCGUUGAACGAAACGCCGUCAGAACGAGCCACGAGGAGGAUACGUGAGGCAGAGGAGAAGCGCAUUAGCGACGCGAUAGACGAACAGAUCAGGCAAGAAAGGCAAAUUCUUCAGAAACAGAAGGAGUUGGUUAAAGUUCUACUACUUGGCCAAUCCGAGAGCGGAAAAUCCACGACUUUGAAAAACUUUCGUUUGGAGUAUGCCCGAGAAGAGUGGGAGGCGGAAAAAGCUUCCUGGAGAGCAGUGAUUCAACUCAAUCUCGUGCGGUCUAUCACUUCUAUUCUAGAUGCUCUGCAAGCCGAGAUCGACGGGGAGCCUCCCUCUACUAUUCUUGAUAACGACGAGCCAGAUACACCUGCCCAACCAAGGGGAUCAGUUGAUAUUCUUUCUGAGUUCAACGAUGCGGACUCUAAUCCAUCUACCCAACCAACGCUUUCUUCGGAGGAAAUACAGAGAUUUCAGUUAUUCCGUUUGAAGCUUGCCCCCCUACGCCGUGUCGAAAUGGAUUUGAAGUUGAGGCUCGGUGCGGCGACAGAGGAGGUAACAAGCAUGGAUGAGAUACCAGAAACUCAAAGCGACCCAGGAACGGAUAUCCACUCACUAGAGUCACCGGACUCCAGACAUAUGCUUCGUAUGCGGAAAAAUCGGCGGCGAAGGAUACAAGGAGAGGAAAUGGUCGUUCGGGGACUGAGAUGGAGAGAGUUUUUGACGUAUGGAAGAACUCGGAGUAUAUCAGGGAAGACUAGGGCAAGCUUCGAAUUCCAGGAAUCCACUGAAGGGGGCGCUGCUGAAAUUCUUUCUGGAUGCAAGGAGGACAUGAAGAGGCUCUGGCAGGAUGGAGACGUUCGAGGUAUCCUCAAAAGGCGUAAAAUGGAGAUGGAAAACAAUGCAGGAUUCUUUCUCAAUGAUAUUGACCGGAUCGCGACACUCUCGUAUCUUCCAUCUGACGAUGAUGUUGUCCGUUCGAGGCUCAGAACUGUCGGAGUGCAAGAAUACCGCAUUUUUGUGGAUACAACGAACACAUUGAAUCUGAAAGCUAGGCCGAGGCGCGAGUGGGUCCUCUACGAUGUAGGGGGGUCCAGAACCAUGCGCCGCGCCUGGAUCCCCUAUUUUCAAGAUGUCAACGCUAUCAUAUUCCUUGCUCCCAUAUCUGGUUUCGAUGAGGUCCUCCUCGAAGAUCCUUCGGUCAAUCGCUUGAACGAUUCUGUAGGGUUAUGGAAGGCAAUAAUCUCCUCAAGGCUGCUUCAACAUACCACGAUGGUGUGCUUCCUGAAUAAGUGCGACAUUCUCAAACGGAAAUUGAGAAGCGGGAUCCAAUUUCGAAACUUUGUUCGGGAUUAUGGGAGUCAACCGAAUGAUAUAACGCCCAUUGCAAAGUUCAUUAAAGAUCGAUUCCGAAAUAUUGCAAUCAAAUACUCUAAUCAGCAGAGGACAACGUAUAUAUAUACUACUUCUGUUACGGAUACAAAAGCAACUGCUACUACGUUGAGAUCGGUUCGAGACAGUAUCUUCAGGGAGAAUCUUGCUUCAGCUCAAUUUGUAUAAUUUAUUCUUCUUUACUACUUGUAAAUUUCCCCUUGUAACGCCUAUUGGAACUGAAACAAUUCCUUUCCGAGAAUCCUCGGGC